GCCCUGGGCCACUCGCGGCCCUAACCCCGGCGGCCAGCCCACCCGCCGACAGUCGGUUGCUAAGUGACGCCAGCGCGCAUAGGCGCGUGCGCGGCCACGGCGGUGUGCGUGAGAUCGGACGCGCGCCGCGGCGGCGGCGGCGGCGAGGACGGCAGCGAGGACGGCAGCGACGGCAGCGACCUAGGGGGCGGUGGCUGCGAGGCGGGUGCGCAGCCAGCGGAAGAGGCGUCUGUGCCGGCGGCUAGGUCGCAGAGGAACAUCGUUGGGAUAAGUGACUACCGUCUGUUUCUACAAGAUGAUUAAACAGCCACACCUCUUCGCCCCUUUACUUCGGUGGGAGAAAUUGAUCACGUGCACAUUUUGUCUGAGCACAUCGUGUGCCUUGUUGAUUGGGGAAGAAUAUGGCGACGUCACGUUUGUCGUGGAAAAGAAACGUUUUCCUGCCCACAGGGUAAUUUAGCAGCCAGAUGCCAAUAUUUUCGAGCAUUGCUGUAUGGUGGAAUGCGGGAGUCUCAGCCUGAAGCAGAAAUCCCUCUCCAGGACACCACUGCAGAAGCAUUCACAAUGCUACUCAAAUACAUCUACACUGGGCGGGCGACACUGACAGAUGAGAAGGAGGAGGUGCUGCUGGAUUUUUUGAGCCUGGCUCAUAAAUAUGGAUUUCCAGAGCUGGAGGAUUCUACCUCUGAGUAUCUCUGCACCAUACUUAACAUUCAGAAUGUCUGUAUGACUUUUGAUGUUGCCAGUCUCUACUCACUUCCCAAGUUAACUUGUAUGUGCUGCAUGUUCAUGGACAGAAAUGCUCAGGAGGUGCUCUCAAGUGAAGGCUUCCUCUCCCUUUCCAAGACAGCACUUCUAAACAUUGUGUUAAGAGAUUCAUUUGCGGCUCCUGAAAAAGACAUUUUCUUAGCCUUGUUAAACUGGUGUAAGCACAAUUCAAAGGAGAAUCAUGUGGAAAUCAUGCAGGCUGUGCGUUUACCUUUGAUGAGCCUCACCGAACUUCUCAAUGUCGUGAGGCCCUCAGGACUGUUGUCUCCUGACGCCAUUCUGGAUGCUAUUAAAGUGCGGUCAGAGAGCCGGGAUAUGGACCUCAAUUAUAGAGGCAUGCUCAUACCAGAAGAAAACAUUGCAACUAUGAAGUAUGGAGCCCAGGUUGUAAAAGGGGAGCUGAAGUCUGCCUUAUUAGAUGGUGAUACUCAAAAUUAUGAUUUGGAUCAUGGAUUUUCUAGGCACCCAAUUGAUGAUGACUGCCGCUCAGGCAUUGAGAUUAAGCUAGGUCAGCCGUCCAUUAUCAAUCACAUACGGAUACUCCUGUGGGACCGGGACAGCCGGUCUUAUUCCUACUUUAUCGAAGUGUCAAUGGAUGAACUUGAUUGGAUCAGAGUGAUAGAUCAUUCGCAAUAUCUGUGUCGGUCUUGGCAAAAGUUGUACUUUCCAGCCCGUGUCUGCAGGUAUAUUCGAAUAGUUGGGACUCACAAUACAGUGAACAAGAUCUUUCACAUUGUGGCUUUUGAAUGUAUGUUUACAAACAAAAUCUUCACUCUGGAGAAGGGGCUGAUAGUUCCCAUGGAGAAUGUUGCAACAAUUGCUGAUUGUGCCAGUGUAAUUGAAGGAGUCAGUCGGAGCCGAAAUGCCUUGCUGAAUGGGGACACUAAAAAUUAUGAUUGGGAUUCUGGCUACACGUGUCACCAGCUGGGAAGUGGUGCAAUUGUGGUUCAGCUGGCACAGCCAUACAUGAUUGGAUCAAUACGAUUAUUACUUUGGGACUGUGAUGAUCGCAGCUAUAGCUACUACGUCGAGGUUUCUACCAAUCAGCAACAGUGGACCAUGGUGGCUGAUAGAACAAAAAUCUCCUGCAAGUCCUGGCAGUCGGUGACUUUUGAAAGACAACCUGCCUCCUUCAUCCGAAUCGUCGGAACACACAACACAGCAAAUGAGGUGUUCCACUGUGUCCACUUUGAGUGUCCGGAGCAGCAGAGCAGCCAGAAGGAGGACAGCAGUGAUGAAUUGGGGACAGUGGACGACGGCCUGGCCGGUCAACAGCUUGACCCUCAUGCCCUGCGGGCCCCCGGCGGCAGCUCACUGCCCCCCAGCCCGGGCCCCAGCUCGCGCUCACCCAACCGGCAGCACCAAUAAAGGAGGCAGCAGAUGUGUGACUGGGUGGGCCUGGCAGCAGCAGGAGUGUCCUCCGGGCGGGGCUGUGUGCACUGCCCUCCCCACCUCCAGGGGGCAGGCCCGGCUGCAGAGGCGGACACAGAACAGGUCUCCUCCCAAGGACGCAGGCCCGCUUUCUUCUCCUCUUUUGUCCAGUCAGGCUAGUCUCCAGGGGAGAAAGGGGCCUUCAGUCUUCAUCAAGUCCACC